AUGCCACCCUUCACAGCCAUGGUGCCUGGGACAGGAGGAGGCUGGGACUUCCUGAUGCUGACCACGGCAGCUGCCCUGACCCAGCUCAUGGGGCUCCCUGGCUGCUGCGGAUCCUACAUUGUUGGAGGCCAUGAGGUGAUACCACACUCCAGGCCCUACAUGGCCUCUGUGAGCUUCGAGGGCCGUCACCACUGUGGAGGCUUCCUGUUCCAUGCCCAUUGGGUGGUGUCAGCUGCCCAUUGCUUCAAUGACAGAGACCCUUCCACUGGCCUGGUGGUGCUUGGGGCCCAUGCACUGCUCACCCCGGAACCCUCACAACAGGUAUUUAGCAUUGCAGCUGCCGUCAGCCAUCCUGCUUUCCAGCCGUCCACACAGGCCAACGAUAUCUGCCUGCUAAGGCUGAAUGGCUCUGCCAUCCUGGGCCCGGCUGUGAGGCUAUUACCAUUGCCAGAAAAAGGUGCUAAGCCACCCAUGGUGGGCACGCGUUGCCACGUAUCUGGCUGGGGCUUCGUGUCUGACUUUGAGGAGCCUCCGCCUGGGCUGAUGGAAGUCGAGGUGCGCAUACUGGACCUGAGUGUCUGCAACAGCUCCUGGCAGGGCCAGCUGAGUCCUGCCAUGCUCUGCACCCACAGUGGGGACCACCGGCGGCGUGGUUUUUGCGCGGCAGACUCUGGUGGGCCCUUGGUCUGUGGAAGACGGGCCCAUGGCCUUGUGUCUUUCUCAGGCCUCUGGUGUGGUGACUCCAGGACCCCGGAUGUCUACACUCAAGUGUCAGCGUUUGUGACCUGGAUCUGGGACGUGGUUCGGGCCAGCUCAUCCCCUGGUCCUAUGUGA